GUGAAAGAGCAGGCGAGGCAGGAGGAGGCCAUGGCUGUGUGACUGACGUGGAGAAGUAUCAGGAGUCCGAGUGGGAGCAAACUUGGAGACGAAAAGUCCUGACAGCAGCCUUCAUCUGUCUUGUGCAAGCCGCGGGUCAUCGGGGGACAAACCAAAAUGAGUCUGGACAAAGCAGAGCUGUGUGAUUCACUGUUAACCUGGCUACAGACGUUUCAGGCCCCUUCAUGCACCAGCAAGCAUGACCUUACAAGUGGAGUUGCAAUUGCACAUGUUCUGCACAGAAUAGACCCCUCCUGGUUUAAUGAGACAUGGCUAGGGAGGAUCAAGGAGGAGAGUGGGGCCAACUGGCGCCUCAAGGUCAGCAAUUUGAAAAAGAUUCUUCAGAGCAUGCUGGAGUAUUACCACGAUGUUCUUGGUCAUCAGGUAUCAGAUGAGCACUUGCCAGACGUGAACCUGAUUGGAGAAAUGGGAGAUGUAACAGAGCUGGGCAAGCUGGUACAGCUGGUGCUCGGCUGUGCUGUCAGCUGUGAGAAGAAGCAAGAGCAAAUCCAGCAGAUAAUGACUCUUGAGGAAUCUGUCCAGCAUGUCGUCAUGACAGCCAUUCAGGAGCUCUUGUCAAAAGAGCCGUCAUCCGAACCAGGAAGCCCGGAGACCUAUGGGGACUUUGACUACCAGUCCAGGAAGUAUUAUUUCCUAAGCGAGGAGGCAGAUGAGAAGGAGGACCUGAGCCAGCGCUGCCGAGACCUGGAGCACCAGUUGUCGGUGGCGCUGGAAGAGAAGUUGUCCCUGCAGGCAGAGACACGCUCCCUGAAGGAGAAGCUGAGCCGCUGCGACUCCCCGGACGCCUCCACCACUGCCAUCACUGGCAAGAAGCUGCUACUUCUGCAGAGCCAGAUGGAGCAGCUUCAGGAGGAGAACUACAGACUGGAGAACAGCAGAGAUGACAUGCGCGUGCGGGGAGAGAUACUGGAGCGUGAGGUGCUCGAGCUGCAGCAACGUAAUGAGGAGCUGACCAGCCUGGCGCAGGAGGCCCAGACCCUCAAAGAUGAAAUGGACAUCCUCAGGCACUCGUCGGACCGGGUGAGCCGGCUUGAAGCGCUGGUGGAGACAUACAAGAGGAAGCUGGAGGACCUGGGAGAUCUGCGCAGACAAGUGCGCCUCCUGGAAGAACGCAACACGGUCUACAUGCAGCGUACCUGUGAGCUGGAGGAGGAGCUCCGUAGGGCCAAUGCUGUCCGCAGUCAGCUGGACUCCUACAAGAGACAGGCUCAUGAGCUUCACACCAAGCACUCGGCAGAGGCCAUGAAAGCUGAGAAGUGGCAGUUUGAGUACAAAAACCUUCACGACAAGUAUGACGCACUGCUGAAGGAGAAAGAACGUCUGAUCACGGAAAGAGACACACUGCGGGAGACAAAUGAUGAGCUCAGGUGUGCACAGGUCCAACAGAGGUGCCUCAGUGGAGCAGGAGGCUUGUGUGACGACGCUGGCACAGAGGGAAACCUCGCUGCAGAGAUCAUGCCUACUGAGUUCAAGGAGACAGUGGUGCGUCUGCAGAGUGAAAACAAGAUGCUGCGUGUCCAGGAGGAGACCUACAGACAAAAACUGGCAGAGGUGCAGGCUCAGCUGGAGGAGGCCCAGCGCAGCAAGAAUGCCCUGGAAACUCAAAACAGGUUGAAUCAGCAGCAGAUCGCUGAGCUGCGUUCUCAAGUGGAGGAGCUCCAGAGAGCUCUCCAGGAGCAAGGGAGCAAGACCGAGGAUGCCAUCUCCUCCUUGUUGAAGAAAAAACUAGAGGAGCACUUGGAGAAGCUCCACGAGGCUCACUCAGAUCUCCAAAAGAAAAGAGAGGUCAUCGAUGACCUGGAGCCCAAAGUAGACAGCAACAUGGCAAAGAAGAUAGAUGAACUCCAGGAGAUCCUGCGGAAGAAAGAUGAGGACAUGAAGCAGAUGGAGGAGCGAUACAAGCGCUAUGUGGAGAAAGCCAGAACGGUGAUCAAAACCCUGGACCAUAAGCAACAGCCACCAACCGUGACUCCUGACGUUCAGGCCCUGAAGAACCAGCUGACAGAGAAAGAGAGGAAGAUACAGCACCUGGAGUAUGACUAUGAAAAGAACAGGGCCAGACAUGAGCUGGAGGAGAAACUCAUCAUCAGUGCAUGGUACAACAUGGGAAUGGCCUUGCAUCAAAAAGUGGCUGGCGAGCGCCUCGGUUCCCCCAGCCCGGCCAUGUCUUUCCUGGCCCAGCAGAGGCAGUCCACCAAUGCCAGGAGAGGCCUGGCACGACACCAGCCAAGAUAACUCUCCUUCUUAAUGUGAGGAGGGGGAAAAAAACCUUCCAGUAGGAAAACCUGCUGGAAGCAAGUGCAGACAUUGGUGUAGGAGACGAGGUGAUCUAGAUUUCCACUGUACUCCCGGUAUCUUUGCCUUCAUGCCUUUACUAGAGGCAUACCUCAGUGUAUUUUUUUUCUAUGCUCCUGCUGCCCCCUGCUGGCUCCUCAUGGUAUGGGUUUUUCCUCUGGCGCCCCAGAGGAGCGGUACCACUGUGUUUAACUCUGUUUUUCACUGCGUUCAGAGCUGGCAGGGCUCUUAUCUGUGGCUGGAGUAGAAGGAAUUGUAGUGCCUCAAAAGAAACUGCCUUGCCUUUUUUAGUUUAUUUUUCCUUUCCUCUGUGUUGUUGUUGACUUUUAAGUCUGCUACUUUUAAAUAUUGUUUUUGUUUCUUUUAUGGUGUAGAAUGGGGCACAGUGUGAACCAGUGCUUUAGAAAGACUGCAAUUGAAAUGAAGAAGAAAAUGUGGGAGUUAUGAAGGAUUUUUGUUAAAAAUGUACCCCCAUUUUCUCCUUCUGUCUCCCCAGCCCACCGUUACCUGUGAAUGAGUUUUAUCCUCUUGCAAGGAUUUUGACGAGGAAACACUAAUAAAAUCAUGUUAGGAAUGAGGAGAGAUGAGCUUUGUGCUGUGACACUUUUCAGAUGUCAAUGCUUAGGGGAAAGACAUACAAAAGCUACAGAGGCUAACUCAGUACCUCCACAACAGACUGAACAAAGAUUCUCACAUUCAGUCAGUAUAUCUCAUUUUUAGUUUUUGUGAAUUUGUGUUGAAUUUUCUUUAACCUUUUUUUGGUGUAUUUUUGAUCAGGUGUUCUUUAUUAGAUUGGGAGAAUCUUGAAAAGAUGUAAAAAAUAUGUGGAUGUCCACUAGCUUUAGUCUUAUUUUCCACUUGAAUCUGUUUCUUUAAACCUAAUUUUCAUGUACAGAAAUUGUUAGAAUUUUCACAACAUACACCAAAGCACUUUUCCUCUGGUGGCGGUUUUUGCUCAGUGCCUCACAAAAAGACCUCAAAACAUCCCCUCAGCGGGUGAGACUGAAGCUUGAGAACUUCACAACGUGUACUUCAAAAGCCCGUCGUUUUGCCGUGAACCUUAAACUAGCUUGAACCCUCUCAAGGCGUCUUUCUAGUAAGAUACAAAGUCAUUUGGCUCAAGAGUGUGUCGCACUUUAAGUCCAUCUUUGAUCUGCAUAUGGCAUGUGAAAGACAUUUCUCGAUUUUCUUCUGAUGUAAUAUCAAACUUAGUUAUUAGUUUUAGUGGUUAUUACUUUUAUGUUGUGUUUUUUCCAUUCCCUUCCCUCUUUCCAAAGAUUGAAACAGGGUUUUUACUCGUUGUGUUGGGCGUAAUUGCACUCACCACUUUAGACUCCAAGCUGAUAUGAAUGUAGGCAACUAAGACAGGAAGGCCUCCUACUUUAGUACAAAGACUGGAAAUAAAUCCACAGUUGAUCGAGUCUCUAAUGCUGUGAUUGAUAAGGCAGGAGUCCAGCGAACAGCGGUUUGCAGCUGCUUGGACCCAGGUACAUAGUUCAGCUGAACUGGACAGAAAUGUUUCUGUUCAUACACUGGAAUUCAUUUAAGGGCUGAAUUAUCUCUCAAAGCAAUGGUAUUUUUUCAUUAUCAUUGAAAGCCUAAUGAGUACAUUUGUGUUUGCUAGAAAGUUUAUAGCCGACAACAUAAUUUAAGCUGAUUCAGACAGCACCUUAAACACUACAAUUGAGCAUUAUUGGCUAUUAGUUGAUUUUCAUGUUCAACAGAUGUACUAGUUUUUAGUCUCCAAUCUGUCCCAUGUCAGAGCUGCUGUUUCGUGACUUGUACUUCACCCCUGUGAAUAUUUGUGCUAUAAUCUACACACGACUGAACGACUACUACUGUGUAUACACUUUUUUUUUUUUUUUAAUUAUUAUUAUUCUCAUUGGCUUCAUUGCUUGAGUAGAUAUUUAUAUGGUGUUAUGUUAAGAUUUCACACAUUUGCAUGGCUUAAAGGGGUUAAUUAUUAGGUUUUUGGUAUUGUUUUCGUGGUUGUAUUAUGUAACUGUCUAGUAGAUGGUAGCAUCCUUUACAGAGGGGUUUGAGGCAAGUUAUAGAUUUGUUGUUCUGUCUGUUCAACCUUUGCACUACAAAUAAACGGGGACUUAAGAUAAGAAA